AUGGGGAGGCGGAAGAAGGAGAGCGCGACGCUGAGCGCCGCGUUCCACGCUUGCGAGUUCGCCCUCGCUCUCGGCGUCAUUGCCGCCGCGCUAUGGGCCAUGAUGAGCACACCAGCGAGCCUGUGUCUAACGAUCUAUCAGGCGCCCAUGCUGGUGGGAGGAGGGCUGCUGCUGCUGGCAGCACUGGUGGGGCUGCAGGGCGUGGCGUGCGGCCACGGCGGGCUCAAGUGCCUGCACGUCUUCCUCGCCAUCCUCGCUCUCCUCGCCCUCCUCGCCUUCUCCAUCUUUGCGUUUGUGGUGACGGCAGGGGGAGCAGCAAGCAGCAGCCGCGGCCAGACAGUGUACGAGCCAGCAGGCUUCUCCGCGUGGAUGCAGCAGCAGCUGGGCUCCUGGUCCUCGUUACAAGCAUGCCUCGCUAACACCGUACACGUCUGCUCUGACCUCCGCAUGUACACGCGUGACAAGCUGCAAGGGAAGCAGAUCUCGCCUCUAGAGGCUGGUUGCUGCCUGCCUCCCGAGGGCUGCCCAGUCAACCUCCCUCAGAACACCAUCUACUCUUUUGCCUUCGCCGUCCCCACCACCCCCACUGUCACCACGCCCACCAACCCAACCUCCCCCUCCGCCUGCAACGCGUUCAGCAUCGACCCAUCAAUCCUCUGCUACAGCUGCUCGCUCUGCCAGGGGGGGCUGCUAGCCCUCCUCCAGAGCAACCUCAAGGUGCAGGCGUAUGUGAGCACGGCAGCAGCGGGGAUGCUGCUGCUGCUGGGGCUGGCCAUGUGCUGCGCUGCAUGCAAUGGUGCAGAGCCUGAGGGGCUGAGUGAGUCUGAUGGCAUCGCACUGGCGAGAGCACCCACGUUUGUGAUGGUGGAGCCGUCUCUCGAACGCACUCUUGCUGCUGGGGGGGGAGGGGAUGGGGCGCGGUUUGAGCGUUCGCUGAGCCGUAAAGGGGGAGAGAAAGGGCCGCAGAAUGGGCCGGGGAGUGCGAGCUUCCAGCGGAGCUUGACGUUCCAGAGCAUGGCGAGCGCUGAGUACAAGCGACAGAUGAGCAUGGCUGGUGGGAACGGGAAUGGGAAUGGGAAUGUGGGGUACGCAGGGGGAGGAAGAGAGGAGGAAUGGGAGGUUCAGGAUGUGGAGGACAGGUAUGAGGAUGAGGGGGUCUUCGCGUUCGUGGUGACGACGGGCGGCGCAGCGGAGAAGAGCCGCGGGCAGACGGUGUACGCGCCGACGACAUUCUCGUCGUGGAUGCAGCAGCAGGUGUGGAACGACGCCACGUGGGGCACGCUGCAGACGUGCCUCAAGAACAUCCACACGUGCGGCGACCUCCGAGACUACACGCCCGCGUACCUGCAGGGGAAGCAGCUCUCCCCGCUCGAGGCGGGGUGCUGCAUGCCUCCUGAGAACUGCUUUGUGAACUCCUCGCUGCCCACCUUCUUCUCCUUCGCCUUUGACCUCCCCACCGACAACGCCCCACCCAUCACCAACAAUCCCCCCGCCUCCGCCGCUCCCCCGCGCGACCCGCGCAACUGCAGCGCAUUCAGCCUCGAGUCAAACCAGCUGUGCUACAGCUGCGAGUACUGCAAGGGCGGCGUGCUACAGCAGCUCAAAUCGGAUCUGCUUGUAGAGGCGUACUUUGGUGUGGGGGUGGCGAGCGCGAUGCUGCUGGUGGCCAUGGUCAUGUGCUGCACUCAGUUGGGCAGGGGGGGGCGUGGCGACGACAAGAGGAGGCUGCUGGACGACCGGGGUGUGAGCAUGAGCCGCACCGCCAGCUUUCAGGGAGGGCCAAACCUCAACCGAGUGAACACGUACCAGAGCCAGGGCGGGCCUCAGUUCAACCGAGUCAACACGUAUCAGAGCCAGGGCACGCCGGACCUCAAUCGAGUCAACACCUACAGAGCUACGGUGGGGAGCCGGAUUUUCAGCGGGCGAACACUUACCAGAGUGGCAGGGAUGGGUUCAGCCGCCCGAUGUCCCAGCAGGGGAAGCGCCCGGUGA